AUGAAUCCAUAUGAGGUGUUAGAGAUUAGUGAAGAGGCUACCGAGGUUGAAAUUAGGAAAGCUUAUAAGAAACAGGCAUUACGUUACCAUCCGGAUAAAGUCAUCGAUCCAGCAGAGAAAGAAGCUAACGAGAUCAAAUUCAAAGAAAUUACCCAUGCUUACGAGAUUUUGACUAACAAGGACUCUAACAAUGGUUUCUUUGGAGGUGAUGAGUACGAUAAUGAGGAUGAUGCCGAUUUUAGAAAUUUCUUCACACAGGAUUUUAAUGGUGGACCACCACCUCCACCACCUCAGACAAAGAACCCCGAUGUUAUAAUCGAAAUCGAAUUGACAACCACAGAAUUGUAUAAUGGUAAGAAUAUUAAAUUCCAAUUAUCCAGAGCAAUGGUAUGUGGGACAUGUGAAGGGAACGGUUGGAGACGUCGCAAAAAUGGGAAUCUAUAUGAACCACCAUUGAUCGAUUGUUCCAAAUGUCAUGGAAAAGGUUUUACUGAGAGAACUAUGAGGACACCAUUUGGGUUCAGUACGGUACAAAGGCUAGCAUGUACGAAAUGUGCUUCUAUUGGGAAAGUUAGAGCAAGACCAAAUUCCGAAAAGAAUAGAUGUAAGAAAUGCCAUGGGGAGGGAUUGGUACAAGUCUCGGAAACAGUCACAGUGUCUGUCCCUAGAGGUUAUACAGCUAAUGAUAGAAUAACUUUACAUAAACAAGCCGAUCAAACUUUAGAUGGGAAAGAUCCUGGAGACAUCGUCUUUGUUAUAAAGGAGAAGGCGACGUCAACAACAGGAAAUAUGAAGAGGCAUGAUAAAGACCUGUUCAUGUCUACAACAGUGACACUGAUGGAAGCAAUUGGUGGCUUCCAGGACAAAUAUCUUAUGAAGACAUAUGACAGUAGAACCUUAACAUGGUCGACCCCAAGUGGUAAAGUGCUUAGACCGGGCGAUAUAAUAAAAGUAUCUGGUGAAGGGUGGCCUAUUUCUACCGAUAAAACUUCACAUUCAGUGACCUUCGGAGAUCUAUAUGUCACCAUUAAUAUCGAGUUUCCACCGGAUAAUUGGGUGAACGAAAAGAACGAUCUAUUACAAUUACGAAACAUUUUACCUGGUGUCAAAAAAUCAAAGGAGGAUACAAUGCCAAUAGAUGCAAAGAAUUGUGAACAUAUCAAUUCAUUUGAAAUUGUCCAUGAAUUACCAAAGGAUGAACCUAAUACAAGUGAUAACGAUAAUCGACAAGAAGGUGAAGCUAAUCCGCAUCCGCAUCCGCAUCCGCAGGGAGUCCCGGAAUGUUCUACCCAAUAA